AGUUUCGGGAACCGCUCGAUCUUUGUGCAACUUGCACCUUCAUCAGUGAUCCUCGGUGGAAAGUGCUCGUUUAGUUUUCUACCUCACUUGGUUAGUUUUCUACCUACCUAGUACGCACCGAAAGAAUUGUAAAAUGUAAAGCGGGGUCUGUAGCUUUACCUUUCUGAGAGUAAGUUUGAUGCCGACCCUGGUUUGUACGUAAAACUCCCUUCGAUCAACAAGAUGUCUGCACCAGUGGCACGAGAAGAUAAUGUGCAAAACACUCCCGGCGCAAGCAGCAGCUCUUCGUCCUACCGCCCCGCGGCGCGAGCGGAGGGACAAGCGACCAGCAGCAGUCCUUCUUCGGGGCCCCGGAAGCAAAGGAACGAAGGUGAACCACAAGCGCCGCAGAAUCAUCAAACAGGGGCGACUUCGCCUGCUGUUGGGAAACACGACGACAAUAUGAAGAGCAGCAGCCAGGCCGGAAAAGAAAGUGAACAACAGACGCAUAGUACUUCUUCACCUGGAAAUAAAGAACAAACCCCCGCCGCCGCACCUGCAAAAGCGCAGAAUGACGAACAACCAGCAGCGGAGGUACAACAAAACACCGCGAACAUGGACGUAGACGAAGAAAAUGAUCCCGACGAAGACGACAGCGACGAGGAGCCCGCGCCGAUUCGGCGUCUAGAGCCCGACGAUUUGGAGAACGAGAAAAUUUUCGAAAUUCUGAUGGAAGACACCUACCACCACUACUACAUCACCACCACCUGGACCCCGCAGUACUACCGCCGCCUGGCCUUCGAGGGGUUCAUCGCGGUGCGCCACUCGAAAUAUUUGCUGCCCGAGAUCCAGAAGAGCUACUGCGUGUUGGACUUUCAGAACCUACAUAUCGGCCGCAAAACGCGGCGGUUUUUGAAGCGCGGGAAAUUCCGCUUGUUCAACACGAGAAAUUGGGACGAGUGCGUCCGGAAAAUCGGCGAGUAUUGGUCGGCGGGGAAAAAGAAAAAUGGUAAUGCCGAGAAAGAAAAAUCUGCGGAUGAUGCGACGGGGAAAGACGAAGAGGCACAGAAAGAAGAUCACGAGUCCUGCUGGUACAACAAAGACUAUGCAAGUUUGGUGCGGCAGGCGGGUCUGUUGCCACCAGAGGCAAGCAAAGGCAGGGGGAAGAUGAACGCCUUCUUUCAAGCCCAGCAGGAGCCAAACCAUGCGUCGAAAGCAGGCCAAGCCAGCUCUAGCACAAAUGUGCGAGAACAAAAAGGACGUCAGCGCGGGAAGUCGUCGCCGAGUGGCGAAGGAUCAAACGGUAAGAAAAACAUGAAGCUGGUCCCACAUUCUAUCGAGCUCUACGAGGUGGUAGAAGAGAAUGAUCCGGUUGCAACGCCCGGUAAGAUAACAGGGGGUAUUUCCACUGAAACACAGCCCGGCGCAAGUAGUUCUUCUACUUCCGGAGCAGGCGGUCCAGCGCACGCUUCUACUACCGACACGACAAACAGUUCCGCCUCAAGUAAAAAACAGGAGAAGCUGAAGCUAAUCGCAGGGGAGUGCGGUUACAGUUUCGGAAAAGUGUACACCUCGUUAACGGGCUUCUGUGACAAAUCGAAGCCGAACUGCGGGCUACUGCAGAUGUGGCUGCUGGGCAAGUGGCUCGAAAGGAAUCAGUACGAUUUUUGGAAUCUGGGCCACCCGCCCCGGAAGAAGAAAAAGCCCACGGCGAAGAAAGCGGGAGAAGCUGCAGACACGCAGGAGGAGGCGGGAGACAUGACCAUGAAAUACAAGUCGGAUGUAUGAAGGUGGAGACCGUGAGGGCGCGACACUGUUCUUGCGUGUUGGUUGGUUUAUUUGCGGAGAAUGCAUUUUGAGUUCUUGCAUAACUACGAGUACGAGGGCACGAGAGUUAAAGUGUGCAUUUUUGACAAAGAGCAGUACAAGCCGGUCGCGUCCUCACUUCUCCCCUUUCACACCGCCUUGGCGGUCACGUGCUCCAGCGUGCGGAUUUUCUGGCAAAGUGGCGAGCCAGCCGAGAUUUUCAAGAGGACUUCCGGGGUUUGGAAGACGAGUUUGACUUUUCAGAUCUGUUGGCGAAGAUGUAAAUAACAGAAGUUUGAUGUCGCAUCACUUUCACUUCCAACUAUUCCAGUACAAAAAUGCUGCAAAUGCGGUUACCGGGCUAGGUAAGGCUGGAAUAU